AUGGAUGACAUUUUGGUUGAAGAUAUAAUCAGUGAUCUACCUCCGAUCAUUAUAGAGCACAUCCUUGUGUCUAUGCCGUUAAGGGAUGCUGUGAGAACAAGCAUAUUAUCUAAAAAAUGGAGAUACAAAUGGGUUACAAUUCCAAAUCUGAAAUUUGAUGAUCAAUGCAUCCCAACCCAUUCAAAUGCUGAGCUUCUUGUUAAGACCGAAAAAUUCGUCAACUUCGUGCAUCGAUCUCUCUUACUUCAUAGCGGCCCAAUUCACAGGUUUGAGGUCUCUGUUUCGUGGCUGAGGAGUUGCUGUGAUGUAAAUCAAUGGAUACUUUUCUUAUCGAGAAAUGACAUAAGAGAAUUUAUCCUCAAUCUGGAUUUUUAUCAUGAAUGGUUUACUGUCCCAUCUUGCCUCUUCUCUUUCCAAAAGUUGAAUAUUUUGGAGCUCCAUUGUUGCACACUGAUACCACCUCCUACGUUUAAAGGGUUUCAUUCUUUGAAGAACCUCCAGCUCGAAAGUGUUGUCUGUGGAAAUGAGACAGUUAGAGAUUUUAUUUCCAGCUGCCCACUUCUCGAGGAAUUAGUUCUAGCAAAUGUCGAAGGCCUAGAUUUUCUUCAAAUACAAGCGCCAAAUCUGAAGUUCUUACAUGUUGAUGGUGGAUUCCAAGAAAUUGUCAUACAAGAUACCCCACUCUUACGCAAUGCAGUAUUUGUUUUCCAAAUUAGUGAUGAAAUCGCAGAUUUCCUUGAUAAAAGCGGUACUUGUAAUUUGACAAAGACCCUUAAUGGUCUAGUUGGUCUUGAGAGUCUUAAGAUAGAGAUCAUGCAGUUUUUUUCAUAUGGUGACAUACCGGAUAGACUUCCCACAACAUAUAAUGACAUGAGGAAUCUUGAAUUAAGCUGUAGUUUUGAAGACGAAUACGAUAUCUCGUGUGCACUUUGCUUGAUUAGAAGCUCUCCCAACUUACGUCGACUUAGAGUUGAGGAUUACUCAGAUAAGAAGGCUGCAAUGCAAGCAUCAGGUUUGGAUUUCUGGGAGAGAGAAAGCUACUCAGGUUGCUUUAUGAGUCAGCUUCAAUUUGUGUCAAUGGGUCACUUGUUGGGUGCACCACAUGAAUUGCAGUUCAUAAAAUUCAUCCUCUCUAAUUCACCAGCGCUCAAAACAAUGACUAUAACGCCUCAUCCACAGAAUGAUAGACGAGAAGAUAUGCUGAUACAGUUACUACAAUUAGAACGAGCUUCUACACAGGCCAAGAUUAUGUACGUUAAAGAGUAG